UUUUAGUGGGUUUACUUUUUUACAGUGUAGAUGUUUCGACCCUCCUCUCACCAAGGGCUCUUGCGCACAGGUGUGAGCUGUGAUUGGCUGUUUGGAAGCGCGUGUGAAGCACACCGGCGUUCGAGCCGCUCCAGACAUUCACUAAAAGCGCACUGAUCGGAGAACAUCUGCAUGAAGAAUGGAACACUUAUCCUCAAUCACACGCGAUUAAUGCGCAGGAAAAGAAGCUCUCCAAAAUGCUGUUGGAUCUGAAAGUACACCGGCAGGAUACAGAUCAUGGGUUUGGGAUCGCGUUUGAUUCGAAGGAACUUCACUGAUGCUGUAUGAAUAGAUUUUAAGUGCACAAGAGCGUGCAGUGUUUCAGUGGAGAGCGCGCAUUUGGAGAGGCGCAGAGGCUGUUCGCUGCAGAUUUUGGAUAAGAGUUUGCAGGAGACAUGGCUUGCCUGCGCCCUGUGCCAUCAAGGAGGAAUUACACCUCUUCAAUCUGUUCUGUGCUGGUCAUUCUGUUUUUCAUACUCGGAUGCCACCAGAGAAUCUGCGCAUCUGCAAACCAUCAUGCUGGUCCUCAUGUAAAGCAUAAACCUCUGCUGGAAACACUGCGGUUACCUCACGACACAGAAUAUGAAAUUGUGGCCCCAUAUGAGGUGGACCAUCAAGGACGUUACAUUUCCCAUGCCGUGGCCCACCAGCACCGCAGGAAACGCUCCACGGAUGGUCAAGGUCACGACCCCACUGUUCACUUUAGGCUCCGUGGAUUAGGAAAGGACUUCCACCUGGACCUGCAGCCGUCACAUGACCUGAUGGCGCCAGGCUUCACUGUACAAACCCUGGGCAGGAGCGGCACCAAGAGCCUGCAGCCUUUUCCACAAGACAGCCUCUGUUUCUACCAUGGGGUGCUGAGGUCAAAGGUCAACUCAUCCGUGGCCCUGUCGACAUGCGAGGGGAUGUCAGGUUUGAUUAGCACUCAGGAUGCGGAUUACUUCCUGAAGCCACUUCAUCCACAUCAGGCACUUCUGGAGAAAUUCUCAGCACCAUCUGACCACCAUCCCCAUAUCCUCUACAAGAGAUCCAUGCCAACACAGACAAACAGAGGCAGAACCAGGAGGUCUUCUGAGCUAAAGGCGAUCGGCAGAAGAGAUUCAGCUGUCCCGUAUCACACACAGACGGAUCCAGAGGAGAACCAGCAUACUCCACACAGUCAUGACAACUUCAACUACGACACAGGGCAGAGACUGCACUUCUGUGGACGAAGGAAGAAAUAUAUGCCUAAACCUCCUGAGGAAGAUAUCUAUAUUUUUCCGGAUGAAUAUAAGUUCAUGCCCCGAGUGAAGCGAGCCGCUACAUUUAAACCUCAUCCGCACCAGAAACUGAAUGUGGAGACGCUGGUGGUGGUCGACCGCAACAUGAUGGACAAUCAUGGCCAUGAGAAUAUAACCACUUAUGUCCUUACUGUUCUUAACAUGGUCUCAACACUUUUCAAAGAUGGCACGAUUGGCGGUGACAUCAAUGUUGUAAUUGUUGGACUAAUACUGCUGGAUGAAGACCAGGAUGGACUAGUGAUUAACCAUCAUGCUGACCACACUCUGAACAGUUUCUGCCAGUGGCAGUCAGGUUUGGCCGGACGAGAAGGUCGUCGUCAUGAUCAUGCCAUCCUGUUAACCGGUCUGGAUAUCUGCUCCUGGAAGAAUGAACCAUGUGACACUCUAGGUUUUGCUCCGAUCAGUGGAAUGUGCAGUAAGUAUCGCAGCUGCACGAUCAAUGAAGAUACAGGUCUUGGUCUGGCCUUCACCAUUGCCCAUGAAUCAGGCCACAACUUUGGAAUGGUCCACGAUGGCGAAGGCAAUGUGUGUAAGAAGUCGGUUGGAAACAUUAUGUCUCCUACCUUGGCUGGACAUAAUGGUUUAUUCUCCUGGUCAUCCUGUAGUCGACAAUAUCUAAACAGAUUUCUAAGUACUGCCCAGGCCACCUGUCUGUCUGACGAGCCCAGCGCCAUACAGGAGUACAAAUACCCAGAGAAACUUCCCGGAGAGCUGUACGACGCCGACACGCAGUGCAAGUGGCAGUUUGGAGAGAAAGCUAAACUGUGCACUCUGGACUUCAAGAAGGACAUCUGCAAAGCCCUGUGGUGCCAUCGGGUCGGAAGAAAAUGUGAGACCAAGUUCAUGCCAGCCGCCGAGGGCUCUGCCUGCGGUCCAGAGAUGUGGUGCCGUCGUGGUCAGUGUGUAAAGCACGGUGAUGAAGGUCCUAAGCCAGUGAACGGUCAGUGGUCAUCCUGGUCUGGGUGGUCCAGCUGCUCGAGAACCUGUGAAAGUGGAGUGACCUACAGAGAGAGACACUGCAACAGCCCCAGGCCGAUGUAUGGCGGCAGGUUUUGCGAGGGCUCGUCUCGCUCUUAUAAACUGUGUAAUACUGCUGACUGUCCUCAAAAUGCGGUGGACUUCAGAGCUGCUCAGUGUGCUGAGUUCAACAGCAAGCCCUUCCGCGGAUGGUACUACAAGUGGAAACCCUACACACGCGUGGACGAUCAAGACGUGUGUAAGCUGUACUGCUUCGCUGAAGGUUACGACUUCUUCUUCGCCCUCUCCAGUAAAGUCAGGGAUGGGACGCUCUGUACACAGGACGGCACUGAUGUCUGCAUUGAUGGCAUUUGUGAGAGGGUGGGCUGUGACAGGGUGCUUGGAUCCAAUGCCGUGCCGGAUUUGUGUGGCGUCUGCAAGGGCGACAAUUCCACCUGCAAGAUCUACAAAGGACAAUACACCAAACAACAUUAUAUGAGCCAGUACUACCGUGUGGUGACCAUACCGGCUGGAGCGCGCAGUAUCCGUGUGACGGAGCUCAACUCCUCCAGCUCUUAUCUGGCACUGAGGAACCUGCAGAGGAAGUAUUACCUAAAUGGACGCUGGACAGUGGACUGGCCUGGACAACACUCCAUUGCUGGGGCUGUGUUCGACUACAAGAGACCCUACAACCGUCCAGAGAGCCUCACCUCCACCGGACCCACUAAUGAGACGCUGGUGGUUGAGGUAGUUCUCAUGCAGGGCUGGAACCCAGGCAUUCAGUGGGAGUACACACUGACCAAAGACCAUACAGAGAGACGGAGCCAGCCGAAACACAACUACACGUGGGCCAUCAUUCGCUCGCAGUGCUCAGCCACCUGUGCAGGAGGUCAGAUGGUCACUAAAUCAUCCUGCUACAAAGAUCUAAGAGUUCAGGUGAACACGUCUUACUGUAACUCUCGAACUCGGCCAUCCACCGGUGUGGUGUCCUGUAACACGCAGCCCUGCCCCGCAAGCUGGAGUGUGGAGGACUGGGGCGUGUGCAGCCGCAGCUGUGGAUCUGGAGAGCAAAUCAGACUGGUGCGCUGCCUUCGGAAAACAAGCCCAGAUCAGGUGGACACAGUGUCUGACGACCAGUGUGCACAACCGCCGCCAUCUCGCAGGCAGACCUGCAACACGCACACCUGCCCACCGGUCUGGAGCACUGGACCCUGGUCUCAGUGUUCUCGUAAAUGUGGGAAGGGAGUGAUGAAGAGAGCGGUGGCAUGUGUAAGCAGUGACUCCAGUUCUUACAUCCGCGUGCUGCCGGACGCUUCCUGUGCCGCUCAGCCCAAACCCAGCAGCCAAGAAACCUGCAUGAUCAAACGCUGCCACAAGCAGCGCAAGGCCCAGUGGUUCGUCUCCACCUGGCAACCGUGUUCAGUGUCAUGUGGAAAGGGGCUUCAGCUGCGUGUUGUAAAGUGCACAGAGAAGGAUGUAGCGGGAAAAUAUAGAGAACUGUCACCCAAAAAGUGUCAGCAUGUGCCCAAACCCUCCAUGGAGCUCCAGAGAACCUGUGUCCUGCCAGACUGUCCCGUCCUCUCUCCUCACAGCAGACCAGACUGGUACUCCUCACCGUGGUCUCAGUGUACGGUGUCGUGUGGCGGAGGGGUUCAGGUGCGCUCAGUGCAGUGUCUCGUUCAUGGGCGUCCCUCUUCUGGGUGUGUCCUGCAGAUGAAGCCAGUGAUGUCUCAGGCCUGUAACACUGCGUUCUGCCCCCAGCAAGAGAAGACAGAUGCGAUCUGUAAAGAUCAUUUCAACUGGUGCUAUCUGGUGCCGCAGCACGGCGUUUGCAACCACAAGUUCUAUGGGAAGCAAUGCUGCAAGUCCUGCUCACACACAAACCCGUGAGAACUUCUGCUCUAGAUGUUUGACCGUGACCUUCCGAGCCCUCGCAGGAGCAGAGCGAUGCCCGCUCUAGUGCUGUGUUGAACAUAGACCGAACAAAGACAUUAUUAAGGACUCAAAGUGGCUUGUUUGUCUGGGACUUCAGUGGAGAAUGACACGGCCUGCUGAUGCCAGCGAGACUGCGUGUGCGUCUGCAGGAAAUGACAUCAUCAACGAAGCCCCCUGGAGGUGAUACGUGUCAGUGAGGGUGUGAGGACUCCUUUCAUUGUGUUUCACAGAGCUUCAAAUGGUCAGGAACAAAAAAUAUGAGAAUGCUUUGCGUCCGGAUAUAGACUAGACUGAAUCCGUGUGUGUCAAAAUACAUGGACAUGUGUUAUGUUUUUUCAUAAUCUCAUAUGAAACACAUAAACGGGCUUAAUGCGACUCAUAUUUGCAGCAGGGAGAAUAUGGCGUCAUGUAGUAGAGCUACAUUCAUUUUUGGUGCUAUAUGUUGAUAUUAAUGGCAGCCGAGCAGCUGACACAUUAUAGAGGUUUUAAAUUAACAUGACAACGAAUUAGCGCUUUUGUAUGAUUGAUAUUAAUUUUCUUAUUUAUUAACAAUACUGCAAUAUACCAGAAUGAUAUUCUGCUGUAAUAUUCUGUUAUACAGCUUUUAUUUUCCUGUUUAACUUUGGGUAUAGUUGCACAGUUGGUAUUUUUUUUUUUUUUGUAUCGUGCUUUCACAGUACUGUUCCGUAUUUGGGUUUUAUUAUUUUCACGGAAAACAAAAUGCAAAUGAAACUAACGGGCAUGAGUUUAAUGAACUGUAAGAAGUGUCACGUUUAACAAAGUCAGCUCUCUUCGUUUUUAGCAGCCACACGACUGCCAAGAACUCUAAAUCUGUCUUUGGUCUGAUGAAGAGAAAUGCACAUGAAAGGCUCCGGCAUCUCGCAUAUGGGUUUUUGCAUCGCACAAAUGACUUCCAUCAUUUACAGUAUUUGCAUUUGUUGUACAACAGCAGUAGAUGAAUGUAAUUGCUCAUCCACGAUGAAUGUUAUUCUGAAGAGUGGACAGAGGAUUUAUUAUAAAUGGCAGUUCUUAUUAAACGUAACGCGUGUCAUAUUGCCA